ACUAGCAAGUUGCUGUCAAAUUGCAAACGAUCACUAGAAGUACAAGUUCUGAGGGCGUUUAAACAUCGGAGCAAGACUAUUUCGUGCGGGGAAGGUCACCGGUGCAAAUCGGAUUGUUACAAACGCUUUGCGUUUACUGCUUGGAGACAAAACAGUUUGCACCCAACUGCCAUCCAACAUGGCGUCGGAACGAUACGAGCUUAAUAUGAAUAUGAAGUGUGUCAAGUACAUGAUCUUCGUCAUCAGCAUUACGUUUGCGGUAGUGGCCGCAAUGCUCCUGUCGCUGGCGGUGGCCAUCGGCAAUCUGUUUGAUGAUUUCCAGAACUUUAUCGAUUCACACUUCUUCGUACCACCGAAUCUGCUCAUUGCCAUCGGUGUCAUCCUGCUGGUGAUUGCAGUGUUUGGGUGUGUCGGUGCACUCAAGGAAAGCACAGCCAUGAUCAACAUUUACGGUGUGUUGCUGUUGAGCGUGUUUGUCCUACAGCUGGCAGCAGCCAUUACGGCGUUUGUAAUGCGCGGUCAGGUGGAGAUGAUGGUGCGCCAAAAGAUUUUCGACUCGAUGGCCGAUUACAAGCAGCAGGAAGGUUACCGCAAUCCGAUCGAUAUGCUGCAGAACACGCUCGAAUGUUGCGGUGUUGAUGGAUAUACUGAUUGGGCCCAGUUCUUGCCGUCGGAUGGUAUCGUGAUGGAGUACCCGGAAACUUGCUGUGCGGCCCCACCGAUCGAUGGGGAAUGCAUCCCGCGCGACUACGGUUGCUACUCGCGCCUUUCCUGGUUGAUCUCGCAGGGAUCGGUGUUGAUCGCGACCGGUACGAUUGCCGUCGCGUUCGUACAGGUAUUGGGAGCGGUCUGUGCGUUCAUGCUUGCCAGUGCAAUUCGUCGUGCGAAAACGCUGCGUGCUACGCGCCGUUGGCAUCUGCAGCAGAGCCUUGGCAUCAUGACUAAGACAAUUGAACCGCAGUACACGGGAAUGGAGAAAUCGGAGGCUAACGUUGAUCCGGACAAGUAUCUUCCAACUAGCUCGAGCGUCAUCUAAGUCGAGUUGAUUAACAACGUGGUUGAUGCCAACCGUGUCAUUGCUUUACAGGAGUGUAUCUUCUAGUUUUGUCGCUAAACUGUACGCAAGCAUGUAAUAUUUUUGUGUUGAAUAAAUGUGAUGAUAAGAGUGAA